AUGACUAGGCCGACCAUUAUUAGAGCCGAUACGAUCGACCUGCAGCAUCACGACGGCCCGUCGUCCCAGAACCAGUCUCAUCCUCAGCUCGACCCGGACAAUACCCACCAACGAGCGCCGCACCAGGCCGAAACUUUGCGCGAAGUCGCCCACGAGACCGCCCAAGACCUUUUGCGCAGCCCCAACUUACCGCCCGUCGCCGCCAGCCCUUCCUCCCACGUUCCUUUGCAAUCCCACCAAUCUUCUGCCGCCUCAUCUCACCCUGCUGACGCCAACGUCUCCGACGCCAAACAACAACAGCCCGAUCAACAGGCUGUUGACCUUGGCAACGCCAUGGACGCCUACCGCCGCCACGAGCAGGACGCCAUUGCCGCUGCUCACAAUGAUGUCUCUUCCUCCGAUGACGACGAUCUCGAAGGCGACGCCAUUGACGACCUAGACGACGACCUCAUGGACAAGAUCUCGAGCUCUCCCUCGAUAGAAGACGGUGUGUACAAUCCAUCUCCAGCUCCAGCCGAGAGCGCAAGCGCAAGCGUCCACGACUGGCCUCGCCGCGUCUCUUCCCUUCCUACUACUUCAAGCUUCCGUCGCCAAGCGGCCGCACGGUUCUUCACUUCCCAGUCGUUGUCGACUUCCCUCUCUCAGCAGCCUCGCCAUCUUCUUCUUCGCCGGUCCAACAUCCCUAUGCCCAUCAAGGAUAUAGUAUCAAAGCCAGACACCCAUCUCCGACAUCCUGCCAUCCAUGUCAACCCUCACGGAAAUCACGACGAUCACAAGACUGUAUCCUCUCAGUCAACGCUGGCUACCGAAAGCCAGGCCGAACCUAUGCGUAGUUUGACCGAGACACCACCAGCUUACAAAAACGGCGACUAUUCCGCGCAUACGCCUCAAGAUACUGUCUCGUCCACUGUUGACCCAACACCGGUACCCCUCUCAGACCCCAGCCAAGAAGAAGAUGACGCUCCUGCUGAGGAUGCGCCCCCCGUCACCCCAUUUGAUCAGAAUUACAGUGAUUUUAGCUCGGACAAAAGCUUACGUGACUCAGAGGACAUUGAUUUCCAGUUUGUCUACGCCCUUCAUACCUUUGUCGCCACCGUCGAGGGUCAAGCCAAUGCAACCAAGGGUGAUACCAUGGUUCUCCUCGACGACAGCAACAGCUACUGGUGGCUUGUGCGCGUCGUCAAGGACAGCAGUAUUGGUUACCUUCCUGCCGAGCACAUUGAGACUCCCACAGAACGACUGGCUCGCCUAAACAAGCACAGAAAUAUCGACCUGUCCGCAACCAUGCUGGGAGACCAAGCCGUCAAACCAAAGUCUUCCUUCAAAGCUAUCCGCCGCAAGCGCAAGACGGUGGCCUUUGCCGAACCCACCUAUGUUGAUUACUCCGACUUUGACUACUCCACCGACGAAGAAGACAUCGAGGAGCUCUUUGGUACAAAUCCGCAAUCUGCUCGACAGUAUGCCCAGUCACAGCAGGGCAGCCAAGAAGCAGCCGAAGAAGCUCGUGUCGAGCCACUCCGUACCAAGGAUUCUAAGACUGAGAAUGGUCACGACACCAAAGCCACCAAGGGUGAAAAGGCUCUGGCCAAGGAACUCGACAAGGACGACUCUGACCAGCUCGGACAAGAUGAAGACGAUGACACCAGCUCUGUCGAAGAGAUCAUCGACGAGACAGCAAGUGUCAGCCGAUCAAAGAAUGGCACCGUCCGUAAUACGGAUUCCUUUUUCAACGACGAGGAAACCAAAAAGAUUACUCUCACGCCCAACUUGCUCCGCGACGGUGAUGCUGCUGCCGCCAGACCCUCGACUGACUCUGCCAGCAAAGACUCGGCUAAGGGCCGGUCUAGCCUGGAGAAGAUGGAGCGGGAGCUGGUCUCGGACAAGGACAAAAAGAAGAGCAAGGACAAGAAGCCCAGCGCCAUCCGCAGCUUCUUCUCUAGAAAGGACAAGAAGAAGUCGGACGACGACGACGAGUCCUUUGGCAAGCGCUCCAUGGACACAAUGGAGGCUGACGACCGAGACGAGACUGGCUCUCCCGACAGGUCUCAGCGUAUCGGCAAGCUACAAAAACCCCAACCUCGUCUUGAGCCACAGCCGCAGGCUGGACGGAAGCUGGCCACUUCACAAACACAAAAGUCCACGGUCGAACUCUCGUCCUAUCUCAGCGAGACGCGCACAAACAAUGUCUCCUCCGUGCCGCCUGCCUCGAUGCGCAUCGUCGAUCCCGACACGCAGGAAACGCACAAUGUGUCAUCUAGCCAGCUGCAACAAUCUCCCGAGUCUGCGCCCAGCCGCUCGGCCUCGUUGAGCGACAAGGCGUCUGCCCUUUCCAAGAUGAUUCACAAUCGCAACCCGAGCAAUGGCGCCGAGCCCAAGCCACAAAAGACCAAGAAGGCCAAGACGAGAAUGGAGCUGGAUAGCUCAGACAGCUCCGAGAAGGAAGAGCAACAACAAGAGACUGCAUCGUCAAAUCAGUCCCGCAAUAUUGCUGAUGUUGGUGUCACUGCCGCCGUGGCUGGCGCUGCUGGCGCUGCUGGCGCUGCUGGCGCCGCUGGCGCCGCUACGGUUGCUUCCAAGUCCCGUGGUGCUCCAUCUCCCUCCUCACCAGUCGUGUCAAGAGACAGAGCGGUUACGCCACAGACCGGCGCUAGCUCAGCAGUAGACUCUGCCCAUGUCUCGCCUAGCAACGCCUCGAACCCGCCCGGCCUGGUGCCCGACACGUCUUCUGCGGAAGACCGUUCGCCCAACGCCUCGCCGUCGCCCGAGCUCGUGCCCAAGAGCGCCAGUGCCGCCAGCAGCCGCAAAGACGUCUGGGAUGACGUCAAGCUGCGCGCCUUUUUCGACGAGAGCGACCACAUACGUGACCUCCUCGCCGUCGUCUACGACAAGUCGGACGCGGAACCCGUUGGUGCCGAUCAUCCGGCGAUGGGCGGUCUGUUCAGAGAGCAGAAUGCCAAACUGGCUGAGAUUACUACCCAGCUGGACAAUUUGUUGGGAGACUGGCUGGCGCGGAAACAGCGCAUGCGAGGCACUGCCUAG